GUCGCAUGUGAACUGCUCCGAUCGAUGGCCGCAACGACAUCCAAGGUGGUGGGACGGACAACGUUCGGGGUCGAGGUAGACGACGUCGAACUGCACCGCCACAUUGAGCUCUACGUACCGCUUCCAUUCCUUCUUCGACUGGAUGUGUUGCCGUUCUUGAUGCUAUACUGCACACUCAGUUUGUGCUCGAUACAAGUGGAAGCAGAAGGUCGAGGCUUUGUCGUUGCUAUUGCCAUUGUGUGUUUUCUGCACGCGUUGGCAUUCUUCUCGAGCGAAUGGAGCGUGGACAUCAAGACCUGGAACGCAUACACGCAAAUGUCCUUAUCGUCAGCUGCGUUGCACAAGUGCGCGUUUCCUCCUGGGGUUGUGGUGAAGAUUGACCCCGUCUCGUCGACGCUUCCAAAGGAGUUGUGUCGCUUGGAAUGGAACAGCGAUGCAUGCGAAGCACAUACCAUGGUAUACCUGAAACGAUCACAUCGUGCCACCAUCCAACGAACGAUCUUGUGUCGCAGGCUGCGAUCCCGUGUGUGUGGUUCAACUACCAAAAGCUCCGUUUUUGUGUGUAUGCGACGACGGAGGACAGUAAAGCAUCGUCAAUAGUCUUUCAUCGGCUAGAUUACCCAACAGCGCAUGUCCUGGAGCACUACACAUCGAGUCAAGGGUACCUUUCCAUCCAAGACGUGAACGAGGCAUCGGCACGGUGGCAAGAAAACGAGUUUGAUAUUCCAAUACCCGAAUUUUGGGAGCUGCUCAAGCAGCACUUGGUCGCGCCGUUCUUUGUCUUUCAGUUCUUUUGCAUGCUGCUGUGGUGCCUGGACGAGUACAUGUACUACUCGCUGUUCACGCUUGCAAUGCUCGUUCUCUUUGAGUGUACACUGGUCAAGCAGCGUCAGCACAACAUGGGGUUGUUGCGACAAAUGCGCCGACCGCCAGUGCGGAUGUACGUGUACCGCAUGAAAAAGUGGACGGAAAUUACGAGUCGGUCGCUUCUUCCGGGCGACAUUUGCUCGAUCGGCCGAUCGAAACCCAUCUAUCGCGGCCAAGACAUGACCGAACCGAUAGUUCCGUGCGAAAUGCUGCUGCUUCAUGGCGGUUGUGUGGUCAACGAAGCAAUGUUGUCUGGCGAAUCCAUUCCACUUCGUAAGGAAGCGCUGGACGUGGCGCACUACGACGCCAAUACGAAGCUGAACGUCGACGAGACCAACUUGGCCAUGAAGAAGCACAUAUUGUACGGUGGAACCAAGGUCUUGCAAUUCACCAACAACGUGACGACGGUGGGAAGGUUGCCAUCGAUCCCCGAUCCGCCAGAGAAAGGAUGCAUCGCCUUUGUACUCCGUACAGGGUUCGGAACUACUCAGGGCAAUUUGAUGCGGACCAUCUUGUUUUCAGCACCUCGUGUCACUGCUAACAACAAGGAAUCGAUGCUUUUCAUCUUAUUCCUACUGUGCUUUGCAGUCCUGGCAGCGGGUACCGUCCUUCAGCAGGGGCUCAAUGAUCCGACCCGCAACACGUUUAAGCUGUUUUUGCACUGCGUUAUGAUCAUAACGUCCGUGGUCCCGCCAGAACUUCCUAUGGAACUGUCGCUGGCGGUCACCAACUCGCUGCUGUCCCUGACCAAAUUGAGCAUUUUUUGCACCGAGCCAUUUCGGAUUCCAUUCGCUGGCAAAGUCGACGUGGUUUGCUUCGACAAGACUGGGACGCUCACCAGCGACGCGCUCGAGAUGCAUGGAGUCGCUGGGCUCCAGUCCACGUCCCUCGUGGCCCUGGAGGACCCGCAACAAUUAGUGGCCCCGGCCGCCCUUCCCACGUCCAUUCAGUUGAUUCUGGCAGGCUGCCAUUCUCUGAUGGCUCUUGAUGGCAAGGUUGUGGGCGAUCCGUUGGAAACCACCAUCAUGUCGCAUGUAAAGUGGAGCUUACGGCCUGGGGACGUCAUGCUGCCGCAUCUGUCGUUCGUUCCUGGUCCCAAGUCGAUGAAAAUCGUGCAUCGAUACGCAUUCUCGGCGGAGCUCAAGCGAAUGAGUUCCAUCGUUGUCCUUGGGUCGUCGACAGAGUCCGACUCGUUGGGAGUCAAAUUAUUGUCCAAAGGAGCACCGGAAGUGAUGGAAUCCCUCUUUGCGUCGAUUCCAGACUAUUACACGCGCGUGUACAAACACUACGCGUUGAAAGGAUGCCGCGUCCUCGCACUGGGAUCGAAAGCUCUUUCGACGAGGGACUUGCAGCGCCUCAAAACCAUUGCCCGCUCCGAGAUGGAGAAGAAUUUGGAAUUUGGAGGGUUUCUGGUGUUGGAUUGCCCUGUGAAACACGACACGACCGACGUGAUUCAGGAACUCAAGACGUCCAAGCACGUGCUCGUUAUGAUCACAGGCGACAACGCUCUCACGGCCCUUGAUGUUGCCAAGCAGAUCCAACUGGCGUCCCACCUCAAUACGUUGAUCUUGCAGCCGUCCAAGACGAAGGAGGAUGCGCUGGUAUGGGUGGACCCACGGUUCGACAAGGCAUCGACGAAACAACUCCCGUUUGAAUCGAACCAAGAGACGAUGGCAUCGCUGGCAGCUUCGACCAACUUGUGCGUAACCGGCGAUGCCUUGACACUCCUGACACCAGCGCAACUUCAGCUUGUCGUGCGCCAUGCCUGUGUUUUUGCACGGACGUCGCCGUCUCAAAAGGAAGCCAUUCUAGACGCUCUAAACCAAUGUGGCUUUGUCACGGCCAUGUGUGGCGACGGCACAAACGACGUUGGUGCCCUCAAACGCGCCCACGUGGGCAUCUCGAUCAUCAACAACCCAGACCAGCCCACAACCACGCCAACCGAGCCUUCAUCUAGCCACGUGGUCAAGUUUGGCGAUGCCUCCAUUGCGUCUCCAUUCACGUCCAAGCAGCCAAGCAUCCGAGCGACGUGCCAGAUCCUGUGCCAAGGGCGAUGUACUCUAGUCACAACACUCCAGAUGUACAAAAUCCUCGGCAUCAACUGCCUCCUCUCGGCGUACGUGCUGAGCUCGCUCUACAUGUACGGCGUCAAGCAAGGCGACAUGCAAAUGACGGUCGUGGGGGUCGUCAUCGCACUCUUCUACCUGUUUCUGUCGUAUGCGAAACCUUGCACUCGCCUCUCGGCGCGCCGCCCGCUCACGCGAGUGUUUUGUCUGUCGGUAUUGCUGUCGAUGGGGAUUCAGUUUGUCGUGCACUUGGCGACGCUCGCCGCGGCGCUCGACGUCGCCCUCCCUUUCGUGGACAUGGACGACCCCGCCAUGCACCCCGAAGCCAAGUUUCGACCGAACGUGCUGAACUCGAUCGUGUUCGUCGUGUCGUUGCACAUGCAAAUCAACACGUUUGUCGUCAAUUAUCAUGGCGCGCCGUUCAUGCAAUCGUUCCACGACAAUCGAUACCUCGCCAAGUGGACGUACCUUUCGUACUCGCUGGUGUUGAUCGCGCUGUGGGAGGUAUUUCCCCCGAUCAACGACCUGCUUGAGCUCGCCUUCCUCCCUUCGUUCGAAACCCAAGUCCACGUCACCAUACUCCUUGCGCUCGACACGGUCGCCGUGCUGGGGCUGGAGGCCGGACUCCAGUAUCUCACUGCGAGGUACCCCGCGCUGAUGGCGUAAAACGCGCCUGCACGCACUCGUCCGGCUUCCGCCUCGCGUCCUCCUCAUCUUGGCGGGUGUCCGCGGUGCGCAUGUCGACUAUUUGCAUUACCAAAUCGAUUUGUCAAUAUUAUACCAUAGAAAAUGUAUGGUGAAUUUCAAUUUUCAAAUAAAAUAC